AUGCUGGUAAGUAUAGUCACUAAGUUUAGUGGCGCGAACUUCGGGAAGCGAGCGCGCGACUUCUGUGAGGGCAUCAUGCGCGGCACCGUUAUUGCACCAGCGCAGCAGGAGCCGGUACCGGCCCUUGCAGCUCCGGGUGGACAUCCGUAUCUCAACAAGAUGGAGCACAGGGGAGGUGGCUACGCGAUCUUGCGCGCCCUGUGGGAUGCGGAGAAGAGUUCGGGCUACGAGGGUUUUCUGACCGUGGACCAGAUUUGCCGCCGAGCACAGCCAUAUUGCAAGGAGCAGAUGGGCUCUGGCUUCUGGGGAGGGCGCGAUCGUGGGCACGGAUGGGACUCCAACCGAUGCCUCCUGAACUACGGGCUUAUCCAGAAGGACUCGCAGCGGUCAUGGAACAACGGCUACAAGGGUCCCAAAGAUCGCAUCCGCUUGACCGAGGAAGGUCGCGCAUUUGUGCCCAAGAUGCUCGAAAAGUUCGGUGAUGCGGACGAUUGCAUUCCGCUGUCCCUGACACCCAGCCAGCCUACGCAGCUCAGCCAACUGAGCCAGCUGUCAGAUGAUUUGCUUACCCCGACUCCAAAGAAGCGCCCAAGAAAGCAGCGCAUGUCCUUGAGCCAGAGUUCGCUGGAAGAUGCACUUCAGAAAGGCUCGCAGCAGCCCGCGACGUCGUUUAGCCAGAAAUCUCUGGAGGACGUGCUGCCGAAAAGCUCGCAUCAGCGUCCUGUGGGGCUGGCAACCGGUCAAACCACGCCAUCCUUGAGACAGAGAUCUUUAGAGGAUGUAUUGGCAAAGAGUUCGCAAAAGCAUCUUGCGGAGGACGCAAAGGAACCUGCCCCACCUUUCAGCCAGAGAUCGGUGGAUGACAUGUUAAUGCAGAGCUCCCAGGAGCCUGCAGCCGAAAACAAGGCAACUGAUGAUCCGCUUCGGGUGGUGUCGCUGGACAGUUCGGACGAGGAGGGUGACAAGGAGGACUUGCCUGGAGACAGCUUGAUCACAGAGGAGCUCAGGGACCUGACA